UCUGUCGUAGCUGCUGGCGCUGCCACUGUCGCAAGCCGAAGAAUCUCGAAUCGACGACGCCCGGCUAAGACUGCUGGCAGGGGGCGGUGCGUGACUACGACGCACAUCUGAGCAGUCAGUUUCAUGCUGCUCUGAGGGACAAAUUGUACAAGAUCAACCACUGUGUACUAGCGUGCAUGCCGCCUACGUAUAUUGUAGAGGUCUCUGUGCUUGGCCCUCGACCCCUUAGGUGUAGCAUCGACGACAAAAGGGGACUGCAUCGACCCAAAAAACAAAUCGCCAUAUGGACCCCUGUAUAAAUCGACACAGGCUUACCUUUGAGCGACAUUUGAGGCGGCAAGCUGGCAGAUUCAGCCGAGCAGCCAAGGCACUGAAUGGACCGACACAUGGAUAUAGGACGGAUGUGUCCACGGACACCUUUGCAGGUAACCUACUGAAUGUUCUGGGGGGGCAGCGAUUGCACAAGGCCGCCAAAUAGGUAACUGAGGCGACCGUAAACGCGCUCAUCAAUGGAAAGAAGGAAUACUUGGUUCUGCCUGACCCCACCGGAUUUGCCUGGCACUCGUUUCAGCUCUGCUACGUCGCCAUCAACGGCAUCGACCUCAUAAUGCGGGUCUGAUAGACCCUCCUGCCAGGAGACACGACCAGAAGCUGAGCCGGUGAUGAUGUGCCGAUGCGUCACCCGCACCUGGAGACUCCUCCCCUGGGCAUCGCACUCCAGCUGCCGGCGCACACGACGCAGCGUACGCACAUUCUGCACGCUCACACAGAGAAACGAAGGAAACAUUGCAUGCAUAGGUGCUAGCUAUGACCCAUGGAUUCAGGGUUGCACCUUUCGUAUCUCGGAGUCAUUCAAACUCGGCACGUCUGCAAUCACAGGGAAAUCGCCGUUUGAUCACACACAGACAGGCAGCAAGGCUUCACGCAGGCAGGAUGUGGAGCAGGGCAGGCGGGGCCCUGUUGUUGUGAGCAUUACCACCGUCGCCAACUGUGUUGUGUGCUGAGGGCACUGCUGAUGAGCAAGUAGCUGCUGAGGGUGAGACACGGCUCUGAACACAGUGGCAAUGGAAUGACAAUGUGGAAGAAAGUCAUGCCCAUCCGAUGGGUGCAAUCAAUCUUGCCUGUCUCUCGAGGCCAUCCAGAAGGGUCUGCAAUGGGAGUACUGGGCCUUCACUCUCUUCUUCAACUUCGACCUGCAACACACACAUGCAUACAUAUGCAAACCUGUUCCACUCUUGGGUAUACAUUGCGUACACCCGAGGCAGUGGCGUCAUCACUUCCAAUCUUCAUGCCCUCCCUUAUUUGCAUGAGCCGGUCGGCAGUCUUGGCCAGCUCACUGCCAUUGAAGGUCCGCCACAAACAAAAACCAUCGACGCGAGACACCAUGAAGAGAAAUAGAUACAUGUGCACUUCGCUGUGUGUACCGAUGGCGGCUUACUGCUGGUGCUGCCGGAGCUCUGAUGUGACGACUGCAUCAGACAAAAGAGCAAGGGAGCCACCGAGACAGCCCUAAACACACAAACACAAACAUACGCGCUGAGGGGGAUUUUGAUCGUCUCUCUCAUGCUGCAUGUGUGUUCCUAGCUCACGAUGGCUUGAUGUACAACAAACAGAGCCGAUUUUGUUGUCCUCUCCACUUUCUUUGCAAUGCACCGGCCUUCAAACUCCUCAGAGUCUCCCCCUUUGCCCUUCGGAGACGACGAGUGAGACGGGGCACGAGUUGCGUCAAAAUUGGGCAUUUCAUGAGAUUCAAAACGUUUCUUUUCCAAAUGUACAGAACGCCGUUGUCGAUGCAUACCCGUCCCUUACGGACCCUCGAGAAGGAGUGUUGCGAGCU